GUCUACGAGGUGAGGUUUGGAACCACUAACCCGGUUGUACACUUAUCACCAUGGUUGAGACCCGUAGUGGGACGGAGACUAGUUCCUACACCCCUGAGCAGCAAGCAAAGAUGGCCGCCUUAGUGAAAAAGAACAAGGAGAGAAGAGAGCGUGAGAAGCAGGCGAAGCUAAAGGCUAUCGCAGAUGAGCAGGCGGCGAAGAUGAAGAGGUUGGAGGAGGAGAUGAAGAGAGUGCAACAAGAGGAGGAAAAAAAAAGAAAAGCUGCUAAAGCAGAAGCGGCAGCAGAAGAAGAGAAAGAGAGAAUGAGAAUUGAGAGUGGAGAAGGGAGCAAUGGUGGCACGAUGAAGUGGGAGACAGACACUGAGCUAGAGAAGAAGAUCAACGAGUGGGUCGCUAAUUUAUCGUUGGGGGAAGACGAGGAGGCGGAGUCCUAUGUGACUAGGGAUGAGAAGGCUGCGCUGGCCGCUGAGCUAGCACCCAUGACAAACCCAAUGGAACGAAGAGAGAGGGAAGUCGAACAAAAGUUAGCAUGGAAGUUGAGAAUGAAGAGGGAGAAGAAGAGGAGGAGAGAGGAAGUGAAUAAGAUAACCGUGGCAGUGGCGAAGGUGAAGGAGUGUAGAGCGGAGGUGCUGGCCCAGCCAGAUGAUAAGGCCAAGUGGGACAAAGUACUAGGCUGUCUAGAGGUGUUGAGCAAGGCCUGGAUGGAGGAGCGCCAGGCAAGCUGGAGCCAGGAUGUAGCGUUGAGUGCCAUGCGGUCCGGGCUUAGGGAUUUUGCGCACGAAAUCGUCACCCACAUUGGGGGCGAAGUGAAUUAGUUGAGAGACAAUGUAGGGAAGUUUUGUGAGGGUGCCAUUCAGGGUGCCAAAGCUGCAGCCGCUGUAGAAGGAGAGGGCAGACCCCGGAAGGACCCAAUGAAACUUAAGUUCCCAG